AUGCAAGUCAAAAUUAUGCAUAUGGGCGGGUAUUCAACAUGGAAACAACAACAGAAGGAUAAAAAGGUAAACCAAUCAUUUGGUAAUGAUUCGUAUAGAGAAAAUCUAAGUGAUUUUGUGAAUAGCGAAGAGUUCACGCAUUUAUCAAGCUAUGAACAGAGCGAUAUAAUGGAUCAAUUAAACGAAACUUCAAAUCAGUCGUUACUGGAAAACGAGACAGAGGAGACAAAUCUAGAUGACCAGCUAAGUAUGAACGAACUAUAUCGUCUUUUAAACAUAGAUUAUGAUUUGAUUUACAACUGA